UAGAUUGGUUAAACUGCAGGCACGCUCCCCUGCCCUUAGCAAAACGUUUGGAACUGGAAGUUCCUCGCACUUUGUGGGGGUCGGUUGAAGGAAAAAUUGACACCUGACGCAACACAAUGGCAGCGCUUGUCCUCCGCUCGCUGUUGAACAACAAGGCUCCUCUGCAGCUUGGUCGCAUGUGCUACUCCUCUUCCUCAGUGCCAACAACCAAACUGUUCAUUGAUGGCAAGUUUGUUGAGUCCAGCUCGUCCGAGUGGCUAGACAUUCACAACCCUGCCACUAAUCAGGUGGUGGGACGCGUCCCCAAAGCCACGCAGGACGAGAUGCUGGCGGCCGUGGAUUCCUGCUCCAGAGCUUACCGCUCCUGGUCCGAGACGUCCAUCCUCAGCAGGCAGCAGAUCUUCCUGCGCUACCAGCAGCUGAUCAAGGAGAACAUUAAAGAACUGGCCAAAGCAAUCACCUUGGAGCAGGGCAAAACGCUGGCUGACGCAGAGGGAGACGUGUUUAGAGGACUCCAGGUGGUGGAGCACGCCUGCAGCGUCACCUCCCUCAUGCUGGGCGAAACCUUGCCUUCCAUCACCAGGGACAUGGACACGUACACGUACCGCCUGCCCCUCGGAGUCUGCGCCGGCAUCGCCCCCUUCAACUUCCCUGCCAUGAUUCCUCUGUGGAUGUUCCCCAUCGGGAUGGUGUGCGGCAACACAUACUUAAUGAAGCCAUCUGAGCGCGUCCCAGGCUGCACCAUGCUCCUGGCCAAAUUGCUGCAGGACGCGGGGGCACCAGAUGGUACUCUAAAUAUCAUCCACGGGCAGCACGCAGCUGUGAAUUUUAUCUGUGACCAUCCGGCCAUCAAAGCCAUCAGCUUUGUGGGAUCCAACCAGGCAGGAGAGUACAUCUAUGAGCGGGGCUCCCGGAACGGAAAGAGGGUGCAGUCCAACAUGGGCGCCAAGAACCACGGCGUGGUGAUGCCUGACGCCAACAAAGAGAACACCAUCAACCAGCUGGUGGGGGCUGCGUUCGGAGCAGCUGGCCAGCGAUGCAUGGCUCUCUCCACUGCUAUUUUUGUUGGGGAGUCUCGUGACUGGCUCCCAGAGCUGGUGGAGCGCUCCAGAUCGCUGCGCGUAAACGCAGGCGAUCAGCCCGGGGCUGAUGUGGGUCCCCUGAUCUCCCCUGAAGCCAAGGCCAGGGUGGAGUAUUUGAUCCAGAAGGGAGUGGAUGAAGGAGCUAAGCUGCUCCUGGAUGGGAGGAACGUCCGCGUCAAAGGAUACGAAAAUGGGAACUUUGUUGGACCCACUAUCUUAAGCAACGUGACGGCGGACAUGACGUGCUACAAGGAGGAGAUCUUCGGGCCGGUGCUCAUAAUCCUUGAAGCCGACACGUUAGACGAAGCCAUAUCUUUGAUCAACAGAAACCCUUAUGGCAACGGCACGGCCAUCUUCACCACCAACGGAGCCACAGCACGCAAAUACACACAUGAGGUGGAUGUCGGACAGAUCGGGGUGAACGUGCCCAUCCCCGUCCCUCUGCCCAUGUUCUCCUUCACCGGCUCCAGAGGUUCUUUCAGAGGAGAUACCAACUUCUAUGGCAAACAGGGCAUUCAGUUCUUCACUCAGAUCAAGACGGUGACGUCUCAGUGGAAGGCCGAGGACGCCACCGUAACGAGCCCUGCUGUCACCAUGCCAACCAUGGGACGCUAAGCUGAAGAGACGGUUUACGCCUCGCUGGCGUCCUGCCUGCCUUAACGAGAAGCCCUGGAAGACUUCAGGAGACUCAUUGUUUACUGUUUGGACAAAUGAAACCCUUUUCCUUUUUGUAGGUGAUUGUUUAAACUUUUAAAGCUGUUGGAUACCAACAAAUUACUCCCUAUAAAAUAAGUUUUUAGUUAUUCAGUAUUUCAUGUAAACGGAAUGAUGCUGAGAGUGUGUCCAGGCGAUUUGUUGUAUUUCCCACCUGUUAUCUUGCACGUCCUGAGUAGACCUGGGGGACGGUGACUCCAUCAUGGUCAGUCAGUUUUAUAGUCCACUGAGAGCUCUGGCAUCAAAUUACUCUGCCAGGAGAGGAAUUGUGUUCUUGAGCUGCAAAACAAAUACCUACCUGGCUUAUACGCGUAAGAAUGUCAACCAAUAAUUAUAUGUAUCCGAUGUUAGGGUAAUUGGUUUAAAUGUGAAUGGAACUGUUACACGCAAACACGAAAUAAGCUAAAACGUCAAAAACACUCUAGUUUUUCUAUUGUAAGUGCUUAGAAUUGCACUAAAUGCUGACUUUGUGUUUUGGAUUGGAUGUCAGCUUACUUUUGUAGCCUUAAUGGCGUUAAGGUUAGAUUGAGUCGUUUUGGCAUCUGAUGAACUUAAGUCAAGAGAUUCGAAAACAUGCCAGAGUGAUAAAAUAUCUGAGACCAAAUUGGUAAUACUGGUGUUGUCGCAGUAUGUGAAAGCAAAGCAUUAAUCAUGUUGUCACUAUAGUCCCUGAUUCCCUUUUGAACGGUAAGGGACCGUGAGCUGUUGUAAUAAAAACAGUCAUUUGACUGGAGUAAACAUUGA